CCUACGCGUGUUUGACUUUAACGCAAAAUAUUUCACCUCGUUUGCUGAGCAAUUGGCUGGAUUUAUGUGCUGAACAUUUGUUGGACAAUAAGAUAUCUUUACUUGGUUAAAAUACCAUCAAGCAGUUGUUUGAUUUACAAGUAAUCAAGUGACGCGAGCCAUCCAGUGAUGCGAGCCAUCCAAAUGAUACGAGCCUUAAAGCGGUGUAGAAUGGUGGUGAUAUGUCUGUGUCUGCUCACCCUUGUACCGCUCUACCUGUCACGUGGUGGCCUCAGCUACUUUCAGGUGGUGAGUGACUCGUACGUGCAGAAGCUGCAGAGUCAAAUUUUCGGGCUGGGUAGAGGUUGUAAGGCAAACCACAGCCGGGAGUCAGCUGACCUGCUAAUUAGCAUAUUUCGUCAAAAGCACGGACCAGACGACAGCCCGUACCAUCUGGAUGAUGACGUCACAUACGACACGUUCAUUAAGCGGCUGAGAGUAGGACGGAUAAAAGGAGAUACAAUUAGCAAAUAUUUUACUAUUGAGGGGAGCGCCCCCUGGCAACGGUUCCAGAGAAACAUCAACCAGCACUUCCUGUACGACCCUGAAGAUGGCACCACCCUCACAGACCUGCUGCAGUACCUGAACAAAAGGACGAUAACUCACGCAGAAUGCAAUCCUCUGAGCUCCCAGCUGGUUUUGAUCUUCACCUUCGACGAUGGGGGUCAAGGUGUUUUUAAGCCCAUGAGGAAUCCCAGGGACUAUGAAACCAAGCCUGAUCAUUUUUUCUUCAGCGACAUAGAGCGUCAUACAGCAGAAAUAGCAGCUUUCCAUCUGGACAAACUACUGGCCUACAACCGCGUGCCCCCUACUGUGGGACGAGUGGUCAACAUCACGCGAGACAUUGUACAAGUGGGAGACCAGCACAUUCAAAAGACUGCCCACAGAUCGCCGGCUGGAAAUUUUUGUUUUAUUGGAAAGUGUCAAGACUACUGUUUCCAUGGCAACGCGUUGUGCGGGAGUCCGCACCUUAUCGAAGGCGCGGUCAUGGCAUACCUGCCACAUAGGAAACUGAAUGGGACGAGCAAUAACGUGGGGAAUCCUUGGACGAGGCUGUAUUCUCCGAACUCACCGAACACGUGGGAAACAGAUGAAUCGUUCUGUGAAACGGUCGUGAAACCGGACACCAAGUUCCAGGGGAGGCUACUGCUGGACAUCAUCGACAUGGCUGUCCUUGACUUUCUGACCGGCAACAUGGACAGACACCAUUUUGAAAAGUUCGACAUGUUUGGCGACGACACGUUUAUUCUUCAAUACGAUAACGGCAGAGGGUUCGGUAAAGCGAAAUACGACUGUCUACCAUGUCUGGCCCCUGUACGUCAGUGUUGUAAAAUUCGGUUAUCUACCCUUGCCAAGUUGUUUAAACUUUACAAUGGACCAGACAGCCUCAGUCAACUACUUAGGACGUCAUUAAGCUCCGACCCCUUAGCUCCGAUAUUAACAGAACCUCACCUUGACGCCUUAGACAGACGUGUUGGUCUAGUCAUCAGCACAGUGUAUGAUUGUGUCAAUAGGACGGGGUCCUGGGAUGAAGUUAUUGUUGAUGAUGGUGUUCGAUGAGAAAACUUUCUUAUACUUAAAUAGAAGGUGCAUGAACAUAUAUAUGUUACAAUAUGAUUUUGAAUACAUCGUCAACAUAAAAUAUAAAAUGAAUCAUUUUUGUGUUGAAAUAAAUUACAUUUUGGAUGUUUAGAAUAAUUUUGCUCUUUUUUGUUUUUAAUUUGCUUUUGUGUGAAAUAAGUAUUAUUGAUAGUAUUUAUACUUUUAAACUAUAAAUACUAUAAGAUGUCAUUUGGAAAAAAAAUCAAAAUUCAAGUAAUUCUAUUUUAAUAUUAGUUUUUAUUUUUAUUUUCAAAAAACGUUUUUUUUAUCAGAUAAAUUUUCAAAAGAGAAAUUAAGUGUGAACCAGUGACGUCAGCAAUCGACUAGAAAAUGAAGGGUCCACUGUUUAGAAAAUUAACUAAAAUAAAUGUAAGAAAAUAAAAAUCUUCUCCGCUAAUCAGCUGAAAUAAAUUUAAUGAUGUGUGCCUUAUAUGUAUGCCUUAUACAUUAUAUUUUCUACUUUAUAUUUAUUAUAAACUAGGCCUAAAUUUUUGUAGUUUCCAUAAAAAAGUAAUUACAGUUUUUAACAUUAGUAUUUAUAAUUUAAACAAAAUUAAAUGAAAAAAAUA